GUAACAUUUAUUGUCACGUGACGCCAGUAUCUGUACUGUAGGUAAAUGUAAAUGUCCGUCAUUCUGCUCCGUGAGAUCAACCCAGCUAUCUUCUACCGCUCUGCAAUUUCAGCUCUUUUUCUUUCCACUACGUCGCAAUUGAAGUCUCUGAUAAGUGAGAGUUAACUGAGAACUUGGUCUACAAUCAAUUUACGGACUUGAAAGAAAGAAUUUCAAAGAGACAAUCACGAAAAUGCUAGGAAAGCGAAGUCAAACACCUAGCCGGAAUUUGUGUGAUACUUACAAGGUAGCUGGGAAUUGGUCUGAAUUACUGUCUAUGGUAAAGAAGCAUUCGGAAAUGUUAGGGAAAACCACUGUGGACGAGGAAGAUGCUUCGGAUGUUGAAGUGGAUCCACGCUUCUGGCAUGAUGUUAUGGAUUUGUAUUUUAUUUGUGGCAAGGAGUCUAGGGGACGUCAGGAAGAUGAUCUUGUUUUCUUUGUUAAACGAAUUAGAAAUGAGUCAAAUGAAUAUGUUGAUGACGACUCUCCAUACUUUGUUCGCAGGUGGGCACCUAAGUUGGAUGACUUAAUUGGUGGGAAUUCAUCGGACGUGGACUGGAGGCGCUCAUUUUACUUGAAUUUAAUUUCUCAAACUUCUUUUAGUGUGACAGUCACAAUUUACAGUCACCGGGUCCUUAUGAGUUACCAGAAUGGCAAAGACGGACCAUUAUCUCCUAUAUACAAGGUUGUCAAAACAGUCUAUGCAUCUCCAAGUCGUAUCAAAAUUCACUUAGACUCAAGGAAGGAAGUAGAAACCACGCCAGCCUAUCCAGAGAUAUGCUUUGCCAUUGACGACUUUGAUUCAACCUUUGGUGCAGUGGUCUUGACUGAUGUGGACCACUGUUAUUGUGUACUUCUAAAUGCACAUGAUGGGGCUGCAUUUCCAAGUGAGAGAGCGCUGCGGGAGAGCAGUUCUUGUGAUACUUCUUCCUCAAAGAGUGACACUAGUUCUGGAAAAGUACGAAGAUCACUCUCUUCUCAGGCUUCAUUAGCUAUGAAAUGGUCCGAGAUGCAUACGAUGGUAAAAAAUGGAAGAUCUGGAUUGGGGAGCCUUCUCUCGCUUAAUUCUUCUGGGAAAACAGACCGGAUCUAUAUGAAGGGUCCUGGAGGACGCGGAGAAGUUGAAGUAGCUGUUUCUGGUGUUGUAGAUCAAAGCAAGCAGGAAUCUGGCCAUCAUUCUACAAAGGGGUUGAGCUUUGGUGUAGUUGUUCGAAGAGCAGCAUCAGUUGCAUCGAUGGCAGCAAAGCAUGCUUAUGCUGCUGCUUCUGCUACCCGGUGUCCUGAUGGAGGAUUGAUCCCCCUCAAGUGCUGCUUGAUGUCCAUAUCAUUGCCAUGGGAACAUAUUGCUCAUGAUCUGUUGUUUAAGGUGAAAAUUCAUGUCAAAGAGGUCGUCAUUGUCCAAUUAGAGCUCAUAUCAUUGCUAUGGUCUCUCAAUAAUGUUUCUAUUAUUUCAUACCUCAGGGAAAGCCUCCAGUGUAACUGUAAGAAUGCCCAUGGAUGACUGUUUACAAAACACUAUGCUUUCUCAAUUGAUUAAUCCAACUCAGAAGUUUAGACUCCACAAGAUAGAAACACUAAAGUAGGUUAGCUCAAGAAUGAAACAUAAAGGUGCGAUGAUCAUAUGCAUAUAAAUUCCCAUCCAAAGGCAAAGUCGGGAUUUGAACCUUAUGGGUUCGGGAUUGUAAUCCUUUUAACUUACUGAGUUCUAAAUUAAUAAUGUGUAUAUAUUCAAUUGAUUUCUUAAGACAAAUAAAUGGUUUGAAUAUAAGCUAUUGGGUUCGGCCAAACCCGCUUCUCA